AUGUCCAAGGAGCUAGCAGAUUCCUGCACAUCAGACUGGUUCCUCAUACCUUACCCCUGGCCCACCCUUGCCCUGAUGGAUUCCCGCACAUCAGACUGGUUCCUCAUAUCUUACCCCUGGCCCACCCUUGCCCUGAUGGAUUCCCGCACAUCAGACUGGUUCCUCAUAUCUUACCCCUGGCCCACCCUUGCCCUGAUGGACUCCCGUACAUCAGACUGGUUCCUCAUAUCCUCCCCGUGGCCCACCCUUACCCUGUGUGUACGUCAUCCUGGUGCUGUAUCAGCUAAUCUGUCCUGUGUUAUUACUCCAGACUCCCGUACAUCAGACUGGUUCCUCAUAUCCUCCCCGUGGCCCACCCUUACCCUGGUGAGUGUGUACGUCAUCUUGGUGCUUCAGGGACAACAAUGGAUGAAGAAGAGAGAGGCAUUUCAGCUGAAGACGCUCAUGCUGGUGUAUAAUGCCACACUGGUCAUCCUUUCCUUGUAUAUGUUUUAUGAGUUCCUGGUGUCGUCGUGGUUACGACCUGGUUUCAGCCUCAUAUGUCAGCCGCUGGAGUAUGACCAGCCUGCAGCACUAAGGCUUGCGGAAGUCUGCUGGUGGUAUUACGUCUCCAAACUCAUUGAGCUGAUGGACACGUUCUUUUUUGUUCUGCGGAAGAAGAACAGCCAGGUAACAUUCCUGCACGUGUACCACCACUCCACAAUGCCCAUCCUCUGGUGGAUUGGAGUCAGAUUUGCACCUGGUGGCGAGGCCUACUUUUCCUCCUCCAUCAACUGUUUCGUGCAUGUGAUGAUGUACACGUACUACCUAUUGGCUGCUCUAGGACCCAGUAUGCAGAAGUACUUAUGGUGGAAGAAGUACAUGACCAAACUUCAGCUGAUGCAGUUUUUUGCAGUAGAGUUCCACACACUGAUGGCUAUUUACGUGGACUGCGGUUUCCCCAAGUUUUAUCAAUGGCUUUUGAUGGUCUACAUCUUUUCCCACAUCCUACUUUUUGCAAAUUUUUACUACCAUGCCUACAUAACCAAGAGGGACUCAAGGAAACACGUGAACGGAUCACUCAGUAAUGGCACCUGUCACCAUCUUAAGGAACAAUGAACUUAUGACCCUCAAUGGCCAUUAUUUUCACUUCCUUUACGCUGCCAAAGCAUUUACACUUUUGUCUUUUCAAUCUUUCUACGCAGUUUGAUGUUCAGACUGGGAUUUUUGUCAAAUAAACAAUUACUGACCCCACUCAAGUCGGGCUUUGCUUGUUUCUUCAUUACAGGAUUUUAACACACCCUUUCUUUGUAUAAUUACAAAAAACAAACAAACACCGAUAGCCCUGAGUAUGGGUGGAGGAACAGCAGUUGAGUGGUCAGGGUUCAUGGUUUGACUUUUCGUUUGACCUUUCACUUCUCCUGAACCUACCACAUGUGACAUA